CGCCGCCAAAAUACAAACAGUUGUUUAGCUUUGCGAAGCUCGAGCAUAGUGUUAGUUUGACUUACAGCCCAAAAAACAAAAUAAAUCCACAAUGCCUGUCAAAAGAAGCCUUCAAGUAGAAGACAAGAAAAGUACUCCAGUCAAGAGGCACACUAAAGACAGGAACUAUUCCCCUUUGACUGGAACAAUGCCCAUGACCCCAACAUCCAAAGCCAAAGCAGGUAAUUACAAAACCAGUGGGACUGCUGUCGAUGCCCUGGAAGCACAAGAGCCACAGACAGAAACACAGAGAAUGGAUUUUCUCAGGUCUAAAUUGGAAGACUCUUUAGAGGCCUUGAUGAAAACCAGACAAGAGCUUGUGUCCUUACUGCCUGUAGAGGGCAACAGUGAGCUGAGGAGUCUCAUGCUGAUGGGUUCUGCUGACUUGCAUACUGAACUGAAGAGACACAAAGAGCUGAGUUCUAAAGUAAAUGGUCAUGCUAAUGCAACUCAAAUGCAUGAGAAGUGGCUCCAAGGUUUAACACAGACUGGCAGUUCCUAUGAGUUUCUGAAGAACAUCUUAAGUUGCUGAGAAGGCCAACCUGAACAACAGCUGCUGGCCACACAAACCAUCCUCUUUCUGCUCAAGGUGGAUCAUAUAACUCUCACUUUAUCACCCCCUGAGGCAGCAUGAAGGACAAAAGCACAAGGUGGCCUGUUAAUAGUACUUGUGUUUU